UACCGCGCAGGUCAACGAACUCUGAUCGACUUUUGCCAGCGCCAGUAAACCGUCAGCGUAUACAGUUACAGUUUGAAGUCAAGAGCUUUGAUACAAGGAUCAGAAUGAAUGAUAGUUUAGCCAAUAUAUUGAGCCGUCUUACACUGCCUGUCAAUGUAUCAGUCACGGAUCAAGCUGAGAAGCUUACCCAUGUGUGGACAGCUUCCGAACGAGCGGAAUUCAAGGAAAAUGAAACCACAUGGGCAGUUUGUGCAAUCUACAUAGCAACAGUCAAUGUCAAGUAUGGGAAAGGAGCUCCGGUUUCAAGCGGCCAUGAAGCCCCAGAAUCAUCUAGUCUCCCAACUCUUUCUCAGCUGCUGCAUGCUUCAAAUAUCAACAUCAAGACGUUCUUUGAGCACAUGGGUAAGGUUGAGGAGUUCUUCAGCUUCAGUGAUACAGUCAAGAGCAGUCUGAUGGCCCUCAAACAGAAAUACCUCAUCACAUAUGCCAUUUUCUGCAAGUUUGAAAAGCUGUUCAACAAGCUUUUCAAGUCACCUGAUGAGAUCCCAUGCUCUACUGAUGGAUCAUGUGAUGUAUCAUGUGAUAAGAAGAGAGUCUGCUGGUUGCUCUUCCUGAUAGCCAAAGGUUCUAUGUUGAGUGAAUGCAGUGAGUUGGUUCUUCCAUUGCACUUGAUGUUGAGUUGUGUGGACUAUACUCUCAGCAAAGCCCUUCCUUUCACCAUCAGAGAUACAUUCACAUCUCUACGCUAUGACAAGGGAUCUGAAGAUGAAACCAAUGAGCAGUGUCUGAGAGUGGUAUGUAAGGAAGGAGGAUUAGCAACCGAUUCUGAGGAGGAGGUUGCCAUGGUGAAGAGAAGCAUCUUUAUUCCAUUCAUUAAUUCCAUCUCAUCGGAAGAUACAGAACAAGAUGUAGAGGGAUUUCCAAAGAUGGAUCAUUUGGAGUCAACCUACCAUCAGAUGUACCAGUCGGCAGGGGACAUCAAUGAGGUCAACUUCCUGACCUUUGACUCUACGUUGACCCCACCAAAGGCUGCCCAGCCCAGUGUGCCUCCUUCACCGGACUCUACCGUCACAAAUCCUCUAUUCCUUACACCUGUCAGGAGAGCAGUGACUACAGUACAAGCCUUGAAAUCCCUUCUCACAGGAGCAAGGGACGCACCCUCUGAUGUACUUCAUAGAUACUUUGAGGGGUGUUCCGUCAAUCCCGAGAGUGCCAUUGAGCAGAGAGUAGAGAAAUUAAAAGAGCUCUUUGUUGGGCACUACGUUGGAGAGGUUGGGGUUCAAGCCUCUGAACUGGCCUGUACCCGCUUCAAACUGGGACUACGCUUCUAUUACCGCAUCAUGGAAACAAUGCUCAUUAAGGAAGAGAAACGUCUCUCUACUUCAGAUUUCUCUACCCUUCUGAACAACGAUGCCUUCCAUCGCUCUCUUCUUGCCUGUGCCCUUGAAGUUGUCAUGGUUACGUUUGGUUACAUAGCUUCGCCAAUCAACUCUGGAAUGCCAGCGCUUAGCAGUAAGCUUCUCUUUCCUUGGAUCCUGGAUGUAUUUGACCUUCAUUCAUUCAACUUCAUCAAGGUCAUUGAAAGCUUUGUCAAGAAUGAACCUAGGCUUACUGAGGAAGCAAGAAAGCAUCUUCAAGGGAUAGAAACUCAGAUUGUAGAAUGCCUUGCCUGGUCUAUCAACUCACCUCUCUUCGAUGCUCUUAGAAGAGUAAGAGGAAUUGAAGUCAAUGGAUCACUAACACAGAGUCCCAGUUCACAUACUUCUGCUGCUGACAUGUUCUUAUCACCAGUCCGUCCUGGCCACUACUCAUCAACUCACCGACCAUCAAACGAGGCCACACCACCCCGCCGUACCCACGCCCCUACCUGCGCCUCCCGACUGGACUACCCAUCCCCCAAAUCCGCCCGUCUGAGCAUCCAGCAGUGUCCCUCCCCCAGAGUAGGGGUGCAGAAUUGCCCCUCCCCGCGGCCAAGCCACGUCGGGGUAGGCGGUCAAGAGAAGCCAGGGUCGGUAACGCUCAAUAUGUUCUUCAAUAAAGUACUGCAGUUGGCCUACCAUAGACUCCAUACAAUGUGCAACCUGUUGGAUAUCAGCAGAGAUUUGAAUCGAUUAAUGUGGACGUGUGUGGAGCACUGUAUCACCAAUAAAUCUUGGCUCUUACAAGGAAGACAUCUCGAUCAGAUCAUCAUGUGUUCCAUGUAUGGUAUCUGCAAAGUGAGAGACUGUGAACGGAAAUUCAAGGAAAUUGUGAACAUGUACAGAGGUCUGCCACAUGCCCUCUCACAGACAUACAAGAAUGUAUACAUGGGUGAAGGAAGGGAAAGUACAUCAAUCAUUGCAUUCUACAAUCAAGUCUUCAUUCCAAACACCAGAGAAUAUAUCCAUAAAUUCCAGCUCACUAUCUCUCCUGCCAGUCUGUCUCCAGUACCAUCCCGUUGCCAAGCAACAGCUUCACAUGCCACGCCCAUUUAUCAAGUACCAGGUGCUUCUAAUUUUUACAUCUCACCGAUGAAAGACUCUCCGUUUAAGAGCCCUCAACCGGUCAACUCAGUAUCAUCACCAAGUCAAAUGACUCCAAGAACAAGGACGCUGUACAGCUUUGGGGAGACAUUGAGUUCUGAAAGAUUGCGAGAGUUCAACCAGCAGGUAGCGAGACCAGAUAGGUCACCAAGGCCGUCAAGUAAGAGAUUGAAACUGGAGGAACUGGACGGACCGGCAGAAAAUGGAGAUGGACCAUCUCAUCAAGAACAUGGUGAUGAUGAAACAGAUUCAAGCAUCAUCCAGAGAGGACAAGGCGAUCAAGUGAUGUCAUCGAUGCAAAGGAGAAUCUCACAGUUUGCUUCUGAUUCAAGAAUGAUUCCCAAACCAUCGUCCACCAGUGAUACGGAUCAGACCAACAGGAAUACAACAGAAUAAAUCAUCCAUCUUCUUUCAUUCUACUCAUUCAUGAGACAAAAACCAAAGAAAAUCAAAAGUUGAUAUGCAGGUAAUUUGAAGAGAUAAAUUAUGAUGUUGUAUCGAUAAUCAUUUUUAUCAUUCAUUGAUGAUUUCUGGUACUUUUAUAUUGGAUACCUGUGGCACUAAUUAUAGUGAGCGCAAAUGAUAAUGAUGACUGGCAUAGCUUGGAGGAGCCGCUGCGUGUAAGUGACAUGUAUCAUGGGCUUUGUAACAUGUUUGCAAUAAGUUGCUAAAUGCCAAUAACCAAUCAAGAUCAUCGUUGUAUGGGCACUUUGUUCAAAACACUGACCAGAAACCAAUCAGAUUGGUGCUUUCAUAUUUGCAAUUCGGGGGGGGGGGGGCAGUAGGAUAUUGACUUUCUUCAAGUACAAUUUAAUUGUUCUAUUAUAAGUUGGUGAGCAAGGCCUGUGAUAGUCCCUUGAUAUAACUUUCAUCUCAUAAUUUGAAGGUCAUUUGAAGGUUCAAAUCUCAUUCAUUAAGGCAGUAUACUUUUAUUCCUCUGAGAUGAUCAUAGCCCUCUGUCACCUCAAAGAAUACAACAAAAAAGUUUUUCUUGUUCCAUUUUAAUGUUUCUUAUUUAUUCCAUCCACCUUACCCUCUAUUUAUAACCCAUUAUAAAGUGUCUUCCUGUUUUGAUAUAUUGAAUAUAUUGUAUAGAAGUGUUCAAAAUUUAAAAACUGUUUGUCGUAUAAGAUGAUGAAAUGGGCUUUAAUCAAAGUGAGCGGUAUAUGCAUGACAGCUUAAUCAUUAUAAACCAGUUAUAGUUUUGUGGGAUGAAGAUAAUUCAUCAAAUCCCAAGGCUCCACAUCUCUAUUUUAUAAAACUUAAUGGUACACAUCAUUUUGUUUAGGUACUUGGAAUAAUAAUAAGCCAAACUUAGUACUAUAAAUCGACCGAAACAGGCAUCGCUAUCGCCUUUGCAUGUUUGCGUACAGUAAGAACUUUUUCAACAAGGGCAUUAGUAUAAAUUACAUACACUAGGUUCCUUUGGAACAGUUCUAGCAUGCCCAAGGCAUAGCUGAGGGUGUUUGGACUGUUUCAUCUACGUAACAAAGUACGUUUAUUUAUUCUAAUACCCAAGCAAAGUACUGUGUAUUAUUUGUUUUAUAAGAAAGUUAUGUGGAUCUUGGUUAUUGAUAGACCAUCCUCCUCUCAAAACCAUGACUGGUCAAUGGAAAUAGUCAUUAGUAUCAGUCAUUAGCUAAAAUAAAUGACUGGUCAUGUGAUAGAUUUCACCCAAUCAUUUGAAUAGGAUCCAUAUCACCAUUUUAUGAUUAUCAGAUACAUAGCUUGACAUGUUUUGCUUUCUGAUGUAAAUUUACAGCAAAUUAUGUGAUAUAAAAGAUGAAGCUGAAGAUCAUUUUAUUUGAUCUUGUUUUAUUUACAAGUUGUUUAAAAAAGUGACUACUAUUGAUUUUUGUAGGUUUUUUCUUCCUUCCAAUUUAUUUUGUGACCUAUUUUAAAGUUGCUAAUUUUAUUGCAAGUGAAAUAAGUUAGCUCUGUUGAGUGCAUAUCAUCUUCAAAUAAAAAUGAUCUGUGAAUUUAAUUAAUUGCCCAUGUAACCUAAAUGUAAUACAGAAUCAUAUCCUGGCUGUACACAUAAAUUGAAAAAAAUCAAUGAUUUUAAAUCUGAUUUGAAUUCAACAUUUACCUCUGAUAUGUAAAAGAAAUUACACAGCAAUGAAAAAUUAUUAAUAUCUUGCCUUUCCUUUUAAUCCAAGUUUUUUUUUUGUGGCAGGACAUUUUUUAUGCCUGAAAAUUUGUGAUAAUCUAAUUGGGUCAACCCAUCAAAUAUUGUUCUCUCUAUUUCCCAUAUUAGUACUAGGAACAUUUAGGUCUAGUAGGGAAGGGAUUUCAUUCUUAUUCUAUGUCAUGUUUAGUUGACAAAUUCAAGUGUGUGAAACUUUAUAAUUUCAAAAGCAACAAAUGCUGCAUUUUCACAAUUGGAUAUCAAAGCAAACUUUUCAUAUGCAUUAAGAUGUUACUUUUUUCAAUAUUCUGCUACUUUACAUUUCAUUUUUAAGGUUAUUGUUACAAAUAAAGGUUGCUUUGAACUUCUAUUUUAGCAAAUUUUUAAAUAACUGUAGAACUUAUUUGUAUAUAUAUUUGAUAUGAGUAUUCUCAGUAUUGCUUUGAAAGUUGUGAAUUGCCAAUCUUCAACAUUCCAACAUAAAGAUUUACAAUUAAUUUGCAUUUUGAAUGGUUACUUUUAAAUGUGAUAUUAUAUAUGUUUUGUGGAGACAUACAUGAAUUUUAUUUUGUCUAUUUUAUAGACCCUAUGAUAAACAUGAAAACUUAGACUGCAUUGCAUAAUAUACAAGGAACAUUCUUUUGCAAGGUAGUUGUGAUCACACACUCAACACAUUCUUGAACGAAGAAUGAUAAUUUAAAAAGAAAGAUAUUAUGCAGUGGCUUUAUUUAAGCUGUAAUCUGUUCUACAUGCUUGUUAAAAUUGUGUUAUGUGUCAUUUUAAUCCUAAUAAAUAUUGAAUAACUUUUUUUUUUAACCAUCUGAAAUCAUGAAAGAGGGACUUUCAUGAUCAUAUCUGAAAUCUCUAUUUAAAACUUGGCUGAAGUAAUCUUACUUAUAUAUAUAUCCCUAGACACUGAGAAGAAAAUGAACUUUGAAUAUUGCACUUCAUUGCUCCGUCUUCUGAACAGUUUUCAUGGAUUCAGAGUUACUACCAGUCAUCAAAUUUACCACAAUGUAUUUACAUCUCUCGUAAGUCUCGUUUUUCAUGCGCUGUUAUUCAGACAUGCCAACCGUUCCCUUUUUAGAGUAUUUGUUCCUUUUUUAUGCAAUGAAUACACCAAUACUUUUUUUGUAUGAUUUGUUACUCUUUUUUUAAAAUUUCUGAUCAUGUAGUAUGUAUUAUACACAGCGCUUGACACUAGCGCCGGUCCGACAGUCCCAGACCAAUAAAAAUCACUGUUGGGCCAGUAACUUGUUGCAUCUCCUACGAGCAUAUGUUUAAAAGGGUGAAUUAUCAAGUUUUUUUAUCAUGUAUUUUCACCGAUCUUACUACAACAGGCUGGCGAUUGUUAUGUUGAGCCAAAUUUUUAAAAAUACUCUUUUUUGUCAAAAAUACUUUUUUUUCCUUUUAAGAAUACUUUUUUGGUUGUAGAAGGUUUGCAGGUCUGGUUUUUAAGCAGAUUGAUACAAAAUUAUGACUCCUGUAAAUCAGAACUCAUUAAUAUGAUAUAGCCAAGCUUGUAUGAUGUGUUUUAUUUUGUUUUGAUCUGUAUUUGCAAUCCUUUAGCAAUUCAGACUUCUAUGACCCGUUGCAUGAAAGUAAUUAUUAUGGUAACUCUCCCAUCCAAUGGUAACUUCCCUGAAAUCCUGGAUUCUGAUUGGCUGUUUGGGAUUCGAUUCUGAUUCUGACCGAUUUUGAUUUGAUUCUGACCCACCAGGUAGGAAGGAAUUCCUUGAGUGCUCAAGCGUCUGAUCAGGAUAGCUAUGCUAAAGCCGGGGUAAUACUAGUAGUACAUUGUAUGCAGCGUUUAGAGACACAUUAACAGGGAUGCCAGUUUUCAGGCAAAAGUCUGAAUUCAGGCUCUGGCAAAUUAUUUUCAGGCCAUAGUUUGAGCAUUGUGUACAAAAUAUUGUAUUCUAGGUGAUUUUCAGGCCCUCUGAUCAACUCCAACUGGCAUCCCUUUAUUAAGUGCUAUGUAAAUGUUGCAUAUUAUUAUUAUUACUACUAAACUGGAUUUCAGAAUACAGGCCGAUGAACAAGUGCCUAAAUGAUAACUGAAGUCAUGAUAUUGAAAUGCAAUUACUUUAAUUGGUAUUGGUCCUUUCAUCCUGUUAAAAGACAAUUACAUUUUUGCCACCCCCCCCCCCCUUGGGGGUUUGCUUUGCAGAUAAACGUUUUAAAUUCCUAAUAAGUGAUAACCAGAUCCUACAUGACAUUGGUGAAGCCCUUAGUGCUAAUGACUGCAUUGCCCCUUUAAUUAAUUAAAGGACAAAUGGCUUAAUUAUGAGCUGUAAGGAGCCAUGAAAUUGACCCAUAUCUGAUGUUUUGGUAGCCUGUGCAACAGGUAACAACACAGUGCUUUCACUAUCAAGUUUAUGACAGAAUGACAGGUUUAUCACGAUUAUUUUAUUUUCUCUUCCUGAAGUACAUGUACUGGUUUGAAUACAUGUGUUUUGAAUAUCGGUGGGUGAAGGUCCAUUAUUAUGGAUGACUGUUGAUUUUCAGGUGGCCCAAUGCACAAAGAGUUGCAAUCAAUUCACAACUCCAAAAAUCAUACACAACUUGAUUUUCAACCGAUCAAAAAAGUGUAUUAGGGACAUGCACCUAAUUUUUUUUUCAUUUGAGAUCAAUCAUCAAACACGACUCUGUCUCUUUCCAUAGGCUGGAGGUGUGCACCUUGUUAUUUGAUAAUUGUACGGAAAUUGGUGCUAUGUAUUGUUGCUCUGCUGUUAAAACCUUGUUUCUCAAAAAAAGAAACUUGAGGACAGUUAGGAAAAUCAUGAUUUUAGUAGUAUAACAUACAAGUUACAAUGUUCUUUUUCCUAGAAAGAGUUCUCUACAUACAUGAAUGAGGAGACUGUUGCCACCAUCAACCAUAUUAUUAAAAUGCAGCUUUUGCUGAGCUGCUCCAAUUAUUUUGAAUUUGAGGUUUUAACAGCUCUGCAACGAUAUGGUAUUGCCUGAUAUUUCACCUUCUCUUGGGCCUGUUGCAUAAAACUUUUUACCCGAGAAAACUCUGGUAAAAACUGAAAACUAAGGUUAGUCUGAUUUCUGCCAUUGACUUUAACACAGGGCAAAAACUCCGGUAAAAACAACCUGAGUUUUCUCAGGUAAAAAGUUUUAUGCAACGGGCCCCUGGUUGCUGUAUGGACCCUUUUAUUUGUUAUUGAAUUGUCUUUCUUGAUCUUCUGAUAAGUUGAUGAAACACUUUAAUAUUCAUCAUGAUCUUUUGUAUCUUUUGUCAAUAUUUAUAUCAAAUGCAGCCAACUUUGCCUUAAAGAAGUCCAAUCACGAGAACAUAAGAAAUUUCACAUAGAAGAGGCGUAUUACACAUAUUUUGCAAAAUAUGGUCUAAAAUUGCUUCAUCCUAAGUGAUUACAUGUAUACGACUUAUGGAAGGUACACCUAUGCAAGUUUGUUAAAAGGCACAGGCAUCAAAUUGAAAUACUCUGACUCUGUGAAGAUCAGCAAAUAGUUUUUGUUUUGUUUUCUGGGGCUUCAUUGAUAACUGUAAUACUGUUUUGUCAGUAGUAUCCUACUGAUGAUGCAUCUAUGUAAUGUUCAUGUCUUGAUACUUUGCCUUGAUGUGUUUACCUGUAUAUGUUUUUGACGUAAGCACAAUAAAUCUGUAAGAUGUGUUUCUUAA